CUGUUGUUUCUCAUUGGCCGGUUCUUAACGUGGAGCUGGAACCUGAGCAGGUGGAGCUGACUUGCAGGAAAAGAAAGGAUCAGUCGCCUUUCAAGGCUCUCUCUCUCUCUCUCUCGCUCUCGCUCUCUCUCCCUCCCCUCCAUCACCAGUACAAUAGCCCGCCCCCCUCCCAAACCGUCUGCCCGGGCGGGUGCACGAGUGGCUGCUGCUGCGGCGCCGAGUCUCUCGCAGUCCCGCCGGUCGCCAGUGGACUCUGCCCGGCUGGCCGAACAUGGCGGCGGCCCCGGAGGAGGAGGUAGACCGUAGACCGAUCCGGAGGGUCCGGUCCAAGAGUGACACGCCUUACAUCAACGAAGCGAGGAUCUCUCUGCACCUGGAGACAGCUGAGGAGGUGGAGAGGUUGGCAGCGAUGCGCUCUGAUUCGCUGGUCCCCGGCACACACACGCCUCCUAUCCGCCGCCGCAGCAAAUUCGCCACCUUGGGACGUCUGUUCAAACCCUGGAAGUGGAGGAAGAAGAAGAGUGAGAAGUUCAAGCAGACGUCUGCAGUGCUGGAGAGGAAGAUGUCCACGCGUCAGAGCCGAGAGGAGCUCAUCAAGAAAGGAGUGCUGAAGGAGGUGUAUGAGAAAGACGGAUCAUCUCCAUCUGUACGGGAGGAGGUGAAGAUGGAGAACGGACGCUCCCCAGUGCUCGGCUCCGGCCUGUCAGAGUCUGAUGGUGCUGAAAUGAUGGAGGGAGCAGCCGCAGGUGUAGGUUCCCUGGAGUUUCAGAUGCCCAGUGACGGUGCAUGCCAACAGGACCACGCCCAGAAAUCCAGCCAGGCUCCGCCCACGAAGAAGUCCACUGUGUAUCUGGCUGACGGCGCUGAAUCAACACUGUCCAGACCUCCAACGCUACACAAACAACCUCCUGCGCUGCCGCCCAAACCCUUCACCAGGCUGCCCAACCACAUUACAGACGGAGCCCCGGUGAAGCUGCCGUGCAUGUCGGUGAAGUUAUCUCCUCCUCUACCUCCAAAGAAGCUCAUGAUCUCCGUGCCUGCAGGGAGCAUGGAGCCCUCUCCGCUCGCCUUCCAGAAGUGCCCCGCCCCUCCCGGCCACGCUCCAAUGGGCGGGCACUCGUUGCAGUACGGGACGCUGCCCGUUCCCCUCCACCCGCCCAGCAGGAUCAUCGAGGAGCUCAACAAGACCCUGGCCCUCACCAUGCAGAGGUUUGAGAGCUCCAUGAUGCACGGCGUUCCCACGGUGAUGAUCGAGUGCGACGAUGACAAAGAGAACCUCCCCAGCGAAGCGGACUACGAGGACCUGCCGGGGAUGUACAAGGACGAGGAGGAAGAGGAGGAGGAGGACGACGAGGAUGAGGAAGAAGACGACGAGGAGGAGGAAGAUGAAGACGAGGAGGAAGAUGAGGAUGACACACUGUUUACAAGCACACUGGCCAUGAAGGUCUUACGGAAGGACUCUCUGGCCAUCAAGCUGAGUAACCGUCCAUCGAAGAGGGAGCUGGAGGAGAAGAACAUCCUGCCGCUGCAGUCGGACCAGGAGAGACUCGAGUCCCGACAACAGACGGCCACCAAACUGACCAGGCGGUUGAGUCAAAGGCCGACAGCAGAGGAGCUGGAGCAGAGGAACAUUCUCAAACCUCGAAAUGAUCUGGAGGAGCAGGAGGAAAAAAGGGAGAUCAAGAGACAUUUGUCCAGAAAGCUCAGCCAGAGGCCGACAGUGGAGGAGCUGAGGGAAGCGAAGAUCCUGAUCCGCUUCAGUGACUACGUGGAGGUGGCCGAGGCUCAGGACUACGACAGGAGAGCGGACAAGCCGUGGACUCGGCUAACAGCUGCUGAUAAGGCCGCCAUAAGAAAGGAGUUAAACGAGUUCAAAAGCACAGAGAUGGAAGUGCAUGAGUCGAGUCGCCAUCUGACCAGGUUCCAUCGGCCAUAAAGUGGCUCAGUCAGACCUCAGCCAUGGUUUUGUACUCCUCCCACUGAAGCCUCAAGCGUUCAGACUGCUACUAGCACCCCCACCCCCAAGCGUCGACUUCAGCCUGACAGACUGGACUCGACACACCGAGAGUUUGAACCAUUACAGGAACUUUCGGAUGGAUUGAACCCUCUCGGCUGGCGUCUCCGCUCAGUGGAGGUUUUAGAGGCUUCUUGAUAUUCAAAAGCUUUUAACUGUUGUUUUUUUAUGAUGAGGAGGCGGCGACACGUUUCCUUUGCAGCACUUUUGUUUUUGAAUAAAGAUUCUGGACGUCAAACACAGAAUCUGCCAAUUACAAGGACAGGAACGGUAGAAGGUGAAGAUGGGAUUUUUCUUUUUUUACACAGGGAUUGUUUUCUUGCCUUUCACCAUGUUCUCACUCUCCUCUCUCAACCGGACUCUAUCUUUCCUUGGGGGCGUGCUUGUAUUGGCACAGUUUAAUUCUACAGAUGACAUCUCAAUAACCGUUUAUCUCAUUUAGCCACAGGAAUGAAAAUAUUUACCACAGCUUAUGCUGUUGUAGGCAGCUGAACCUGAAGCCAAAAUCUCCUAAAAUCCUAAUCAACAUCCCAUAAUGCUUCUUAAAAGCCAGUAACAAUAAAGAAAAUGAUGGGCUCCUAAUGCAUUCACAUCAGUCAACUGAGCAAUAAUUUCAGAUUUUCUCCUUAUUUGUGCAUCUGUUGAUGGGCUGCAUUCAAGAGUUCCUGGAUUCAGACUUCAAAUCCCCGGUUUAAACCAAAGCAACUUGACUUGCUGUAGAAGUCGUGACCUUGAAUGCAACCCAGAGCGAGUGCUGUUGAGAGUUCAGUAAUCCACCGUCUCGCUGUGCCUACAGUUUUGUUUACAGGGAUUUAAAAGUUGCCAAAUUCACUCAAUUCAUUUGAUACAGAAUAUUAUCUGUAGACACAGUAAAAUGUUGCCGAACUCUCUGCUGAAUAAAACCUUUUUUUUUUUAUAUGUCAUUGUGCGGUACAAUAUAUGGAAACCCUGCCACCUUACUUUUUGUUUUUUAUUGUUUACAGUCUAUAUUCAGUCCAUGAAUUGGCAGUUUUGACAAUAUUAUUGGGAGAACUUGUUGCUCUGUUGUAUGUGUUAUGACUGAGUGUGUGUGUGUGUGUGUGUGUGUCUGUGUACAAGAGUCAGUAAUAUCACUGUCGCUUGUACAGUAAAAUGUUUUGAGAGAGGAAUAUUCUCAGAAAUCUAAGACGUGUACAUAGCAAAGAAAGUAAGCAAGACUUUUCAAAUGUUUUUUUGUAAAGCAGAAAAACUGCAUGUGGGUAUUAAUUUAUUGUGAGUCUUCUAUGAUGUAUGCAGUUUCUUAAAGAAAGAAACUUAUUAAAAAAUAAUAAGUUUA